GUGCUCCCCCUAGGUCCAGACCGUUUACAGAUGACCGGGCAAACUUUUUGUUGUUGCUUCCUGAGUUCGUAUUAAAAGACGGGCUGCGUGCCGCAAUGAAGGGGAGGUUUUGGUUUUCUCUUCUUCUUUGAUAUCUCGCUUCUUUUUUUGGUCAUACCAACACACACUCGUUCAAACCACACGACUUCGAUUCUACAAGCACACAACCAUUUCUCCGGUCUUGUUCAAAUUCAAACAACGACAUAUAUACAAUCGCUAUAUCAUCACAAGAAGCAUAUAAACAACAGUCAGCCUAACUAGCUACUCGACACCACACCACACAACCACCAAAACAAAACCACACACAAACAACCACCAAAACAAACAGCAAAAUGCAGUUCAAGACCCUCUUCAUCUCCACCCUCGCCGGCCUCGCCGCCGCCCACGGCAUCGAGGACAGCACCUCCGUGGCCGUCAGCGUCCCUCUCUCUACCGCCCCCAUCUCUCUCUCCACCGGUUCAGUUCCUCUGCCCACCGGCACUGGAGGUGUGAUCUCCAGCACGGCCGGCGGCAUCUACUCCAACAGCACCUUUAUUACCAAGCCCGCGGCGAGCACCGAGGAGGUCACUGCUACCGUCACCUCCAAGGUUGGUGCUGGUGCUUCGUCCACCGGCGCUGCUCCUUCGUCUACCAACGGAGCCAACUUGGAUCGCAAGAGCGAGUUUGGCAUGGUGGUUAUUGGGUUGGUUGUUGCUGCUGGGUUUGCCAUUUAAGCAAGCGCCUCAUCUGAAGCAUCGGGAGCAUCGACUGAAAUAAUGACUGGAUGGAUGGGAGGUAUCAUUGGUAUUCGGUUGGGUAUAUAC